ACAAAAAGGCAUGUCACAUGCCAAGUUUCCCUACUGGUCGUCCCUUGGUGUGGACGCAAGUUGGGCACCGUCCGUGUCUUGUACAACGUCACGUUAUUGAUUUCCGCAAUAAAAUUUUGCCACAAAUUAAGAGAUUAGAGGGAGUACUAGAAAUGAAAAACAAUGGCAAUCAUUUCUCUUCUGUUUGUGACUAUAGAGUUGCUCUGUGUUUUCCCGAAACCCAACCGUGCAGCUGAUGCAAUUAGGCCUACCCAAUUUUUGAGGAAUGGCAGCACCUUGGUUUCCAACGGAGGACGCUUCGAACUGGGUUUCUUCAGCCCAGGCAGCAAUCCCAACAGGCUCUACUUGGGAAUCUGGUACAAAACCAUCCCUGUUAGAAGAGUUGUCUGGGUUGCAAACAGAGACAAACCCAUCGAACACCCUCCCGCCACGCUGACCUUAAACGGCACCGGCAGUCUCGUGCUCCUCGGCCGCAAUCAGAGCGUUGUUUGGUCUACAAUUUCAUCAAAAGAGGCCGCCAAUCCUGCAGCACAGCUCCUGGAUACGGGAAAUUUUGUCCUGAGAGAUGAGCAGAGGGACACAAAUUCCUACAGUGCUAAUUUUUUGUGGCAAAGCUUCGACUACCCAUCUGAUACUCUGCUUCCAGGGAUGAAGCUUGGAUGGGACUUAAGGACCGGUUUCGUCCGCCGCCUGACGUCGUGGAAGAGCUCCGAUGACCCGUCUCCGGGCGAGCUCAUUUACGGAGUGGAACUUCACAGUUACCCUGAAGCCGUGAUGAGGAGAGGGUCAACGGAGAUCUACCGGAGUGGGCCGUGGAAUGGCCUCCGAUACAGUGGAGCUCCCGAGCUCAGGCCCAACCCGCUUUUUCAUUUCGAGUUCAAUGCCAAUUUAGAGGAAGUCUACUACACUUACCAGCUUAACAAUGACUCCGUCAUUUCCAUACUGGUUUUGAACGGAACAUCCUCCGCGGGGCAGCGUUAUAUUUGGAUUGAAGAUCAAAAGAGAUGGAACCUUUACGUGUCACUACCAAGAGACAACUGCGACACUUACAGCCUGUGCGGUGCUUACGGAAUUUGUGUCAUCAAUGAGUCGCCGGUUUGCCAGUGUCUGAAGGGAUUUACGCCCAAAUCGCCUGGGAAAUGGAACAACAUGAAUUGGUCACAGGGGUGUGCGAGAAACAAACCAUUGAAGUGUGGGAAAGGAGAUGGGUUUGCCAAAUUUGAUGGGUUGAAAUUGCCGGACACUACACAUAGUUGGGUGAACAGAAGCAUGAAUCUUAAGGAAUGCAGGGCCAUGUGCUUAGCCAAUUGUUCCUGUGUGGCUUACACCAAGUCAGAUAUUAGGGGUGGAGGCAGUGGCUGUGCCAUGUGGUUUGGUGACUUGAUGGAUAUGCGGCAGCUUCCGAUCGGCGGGCAGGAGCUGUGUAUUCGAAUGCCGGACUCUGAAUUGGGGGCAAAUCACUUCUCAAUGAAGCAGUUAGUGAUAAUUGUAGCUGUCAUUGCCGUUUAUUUUGGGAUUAUUAUAGUCGGCUACUGCAUCUGCAGGAGGAGGAGAAAGACGAAAGAAAAUGCAGAGAACGAUAUAAGAAAUAAUUACAACAAUGAAAGGCAAGAGAGAGACUUAGAGAUGCCAUCAUUUGACCUAGCUAGCAUAGUUAAUGCCACUAGUAACUUUUCAGUUGACAAGAAGCUUGGAGAAGGUGGUUUUGGACCUGUGUACAAGGGCGUAUUACUAGAUGGUCAAGAAAUUGCUGUGAAGAGACUUUCUAUGAGUUCUGGACAAGGAGUGAACGAGUUCAAAAAUGAAGUUACACUUAUUGCAAAGCUUCAACACCGAAAUCUUGUAAAGUUUCUAGGUUGUUGCAUUGAAGGAGAUGAAAGGAUGUUGAUUUAUGAAUACAUGCCUAACAAAAGUUUGGACUUCUUUAUAUUUGAUGAAACAAAAGGUAAACUAUUGGAUUGGUCAAAGCGUUACCACAUCAUUUUCGGAAUUGCUCGAGGGCUUCUAUAUCUUCAUCAAGAUUCUAGAUUGAGAAUUAUCCAUAGAGAUUUGAAAGCAAGUAAUGUCUUACUUGACAAUGAGAUGAAUGCAAAGAUUUCAGAUUUUGGCUUAGCUAGAUGUUUUGGAAGCAGUCAGACUAUGGCAAACACAAUUAGAGUCGUUGGAACUUAUGGUUAUAUGGCACCGGAAUAUGUUGUCGAUGGAUUGUUCUCUAUAAAAUCUGAUGUCUUUAGCUUCGGUGUUUUAUUGCUCGAGAUAGUAAUUGGAAAGAAAAAUAGAGGAUUUUAUCACUCAAGCCACAACCUUAACCUUAUUGGACAUGCAUGGAGAUUAUGGAAAGAGGGCAGAGCUUUGGAGUUGGUUAAUGGUGAACCAUAUGAGGUCUCAUGCCAUGUUCCAACAAUCCUAAGAUGCAUUCAUGUCGGUCUCUUGUGUGUGCAACAACAGCCUGAGGACAGGCCAAACAUGUCUUCUGUACUACUACUGUUGAGCAGUGAAGGCACAUUACCUCAGCCCAACCAACCUGGCUUUUUCGUGGAUAGAAGUCCAGUUGAAGUGGCCGAAUACUCUUCUAACAAAUACACACCGUCGUCUUCUACCAAUGAUAUUACUAUUACGCAUUUGGAGGCUCGAUAGACGAGUUUUCGACGACUUGCAAAGUUGCAAUACCCAUCGGCAGAUUGCCGAGCUUCAGGAGGUGAUUUCAGGUCUCAGGUGAGGGAAUGAUGAAAUCAAAUGAAAAUUUUGAUUCCAUUCCUACAUGCCAAAUAUGUAAUUUAUAAACAUCUAAACUCUUUAAUUUUGACUAUGUUCAACCUUAUUCAUAUUCGGUUCAUUUAUUAAUCGAGCUUUAAACGAA